AUGGCUCCCAACGCUCGCCUGUGGAAGAGAGAGGCCGAGGUGGACUCGGAUGCGGCAAAGCUUGCGGAUGUAGCCAGUACGCUAGCUACAAAAAUAUUCGGCCACAAGCAAAAGCACCAUACGACCACUACGGAGUCUGAACUUGAGCUGGAAGAGAAUGAAGAUUUCAGCACAGCAUCGCCCACCAAGGGGGAGGCGGAAAAGUUGGGCGAUAAGGCGGCGGAGAUGACGGAGGCGCUAGCGCACGAGAUGGGCAUACCGACCUGGGGGCUCGUGUCGAUCAUCAUCGUCGUGGUACUGAUCAUACUGGGCGUAUGCGGUUUCUGCAUCCGGCGCUGCUUCCGAAAGAGACGAUCCAAAGAUGGCAAGAAGGGCAUGAAAGGCGUUGAUUUGAAAUCGGUACAAUUAUUAGGUUCAGCAUACAAAGAAAAGGUACAACCCGAUAUGGAGGAGCUGACGGAAAAUGCCGAGGAAGGUGAUGAGGGCGAAAGCAAACAGAGUGAGCAAAAGCUAGGCAAACUCCAGUACAAGUUGGAAUAUGAUUUCAAUUCGAACGCUCUGACCGUCACCGUGAUACAGGCGGAGGAACUCCCUGCCCUAGACAUGGGCGGCACAUCCGAUCCGUACGUUAAAGUGUACCUACUGCCGGACAAGAAGAAAAAGUUCGAAACGAAAGUGCACCGUAAAACGUUGAAUCCGGUGUUUAACGAAUCGUUCACCUUCAAGAGUCUCCCAUAUGCAGAAGCGAUGAACAAGACGCUGGUAUUCGCUAUAUUCGAUUUUGAUCGUUUCUCCAAGCACGACCAAAUCGGGGAGGUAAAGGUACCACUUUGCCAGAUCGAUUUGGCCCAAACGAUCGAGGAAUGGAGAGAGUUACAGAGCGUGGAGGGUGAAGGAGGGCAGGAAAAUAAGUUGGGAGACAUUUGCUUCUCAUUGCGCUAUGUACCCACUGCAGGUAAAUUAACUGUCGUUAUCUUGGAAGCGAAAAAUCUCAAAAAGAUGGAUGUUGGCGGUUUAUCAGAUCCAUACGUCAAGAUAGCCCUGAUGCAGAAUGGAAAGCGUUUGAAAAAGAAAAAGACUAGUAUCAAAAAAUGUACACUAAAUCCCUACUACAAUGAGUCGUUCUCAUUUGAAGUUCCUUUCGAACAAAUACAAAAAGUUAAUCUUGUCGUCACGGUAGUGGAUUACGAUCGCAUCGGAACCUCGGAACCAAUCGGAAAGGUGGUGCUAGGCUACAACGCUAGCGGCACCGAGCUUCGCCACUGGUCGGACAUGUUGGCAUCGCCUAGGCGCCCGAUCGCGCAAUGGCACACGCUGAAAGAUCCGGACGAUGAUAAGAAGGAUUAAGCGGCCACAACGAG